CAUCUCAUCCUUCUGCCGCAUUGGUUAGGGUUUCUUUCUGUCCAAUUCAUCAGACUCUCUCACUCUCUUGUUCUCACUUAUUUUUUUUCUCUGAAGUUCAAUUCUGUAACUUAAACUGUUCUUUAUCUUUAUGGAUCGAUUGCAAUAAUUUCUGAUAGUUUUCGACUGGAAGUUGAUUUUAGCUGUGUAGUUCGUCGAGUUGCUGUUCAAUCACGAUAUGGCAACCAUGAACCCUUUUGAUCUCUUGGUCGACGACGAUAACGAGGACCCUAAUCAGCUCGCCUCAGCUCAGCGGUCCGCUCCGGCGCCGCCGUCCAAGAAGGCACCGGCUCCGGCUCAGCCUGCGAAAGCGGCUAAGCUUCCUUCCAAGCCUCUUCCUCCUGCUCAGGCUGUAAGGGAGGCAAAGAAUGAAAAUAGCCGUGGUCGCGGAGGUGGGCGUGGCUAUGGACGAGGACGCGGUGGUGGUGGAGUAUUCAACAGAGACUCGGCCAAUAAUGAAAAUGGUGGCAAGAAUGGGUUCUCCGAUCGAUACCAGCCAACUGAGGAAGGUGAAAAGGAAGCUGAGAAGCGUGGUUAUGGUGCAUCCUAUGGCUCUUUUCGUGGUCCUCGUCGUGGUGGCUUCAGCAAUGGGGAAACAGAAGAAGGGGAACGACCUCGAAGAUUAUAUGAACGCCGAAGUGGAACUGGACGUGGAAAUGAGUACAAGCGUGAUGGGGCUGGCCGUAGGAACUGGGGAGCUCCUGGUGAAGAAAUUUCCCCGGAUGUGGAAGAGCCUGUUGCUGAAAAUGAGAAGAUUAUUGCAUCAGAGCAACAAUUGGGAGAGGAUGGCGAUGUCAACGACAACAACAAAGAGGAGGCUGUGAAGGAACCAGAAGAGAAGGAACCUGAGGACAAGGAAAUGACUCUCAAAGAGUAUGAGAAGCUCCGUGAAGAGAGUAGGAAACUGUUGGCAAAGACUGAGUUGAGGAAGGCUGAGAUUGAUGAAGAGUUGGAGAACAUGCAGCAGAUUUCCAGCAAGAAAAGCAAUGAUGAAAUCUUUGCUAAAUUGGGUGCUGAUAAGGAUAAGCGCAAAGAUAAUGCUGACAAGGAGGAGAAAGCUAAGAAGUCUGUGACCAUAACUGAGUUCCUGAAGCCUGCUAAAGGUGAGAGGUACUAUAGCCCCGGUGGACGUGGUAGGGGCCGUGGGCGAGGCUCAAGAGGUGGGCUCAAUAACGGCAACGGUGGCAGCGUUAGCAACAGAAUGAAUGUGGCAGCCCCCUCCAUUGAAGAUCCAGGGCAGUUCCCUUCGUUGAGUGCUAAGUGAGGAUUUACGACUCUAAAAUCUAUUUUGUCACUACAUUUUUAAGUUUCUUGAGAUAUCAGAUCGGGAUUUUUGAGUUACAACAACCAACAGGAUUCUGAAACUCCCUCUAAUGCUCUGCUUCUAUGUAGUGUAUAUCUUGGAUGUUAUGUCUCAGUCGUCCUAAGUUAUGCAUCAAUUUUGAUUUUGUUGAAGGAUGUUUAUUAUUAUUAUUA